AUGGCGGUGUCUAACAACAACAGGCGAGGCUGUUGGGAUGUACCAAAUGUUUAUAAACAUCAUGAACAGCGUAAAGUAUGCAUUUCAAGACCUAAGUAUAGAGAGGGGAGGGAAGCGAAAGCUGUUAAGGUGUACACCAUUAAUUUAGAGUCACGUUACCUGAUGGUCCAAGGGGUCCCAGCUAUCGGAGUGAUGACAGAGUUGAUCCAACUGUGUGCCCUGUACGGAGCUGUGGACGAGUACAGGCCCCUGGAUGAGUACCCUGCUGAGGAGUUCACAGAGGUCUACCUAGUCAAAUUCCAGAAACUCACAAGUGCCAGAGCAGCCAAAAGACACAUGGAUGAGAAGAGUUUCUACGGUGGUGUGCUGCAUGUGUGCUAUGUCCCAGAAUAUGAGACUGUAGAGGACACCAGGCUGAAGCUGCAGGACAGGAGGAGAUAUGUCGCCAGGGCUGUUCAGAAUAAAGCAAGAGAAAGGGAACAGAAGGAGGCCGUAAACAAGGAGCCGACGUCAUCAGACGUUGCCACCACAUCAGAGACGGUCGUCACCAGACAUGAUAAAACAUCUAACCGUGAUACUACAGAGAAGACCUCAAACAUCAGCCACGAUUCAGGCUUUCCUCUACUGCCAUUACCUCCUCGGGAAUAUCAUUACUACGGACAUAAGUAUCCACAUAGGACUCUACCAACAGAGGACAAAAUGGGGACAUUAUAUGAUGCAACCAUUGACAUAAAACAGCAGCAGGGACAGAGUUCAAGCUCCAGCCAAACCUCUUUAAACAAAGAUAGGACCACAGAACACAGACUGACCUCAAGUCAGUCUUCUGCAGAAGUCCGAUUUGUCCCAAGGACUACACACCUGGAGAACAGGAAACGCAGGAUGGAGGAGGCUGCAGAGCUCUCACUGACUGAUGUUACUAUAAACAAUGAGCCACUUAUUGGGCCAAAGCUACCAGAACCUCCUAAACUUGACAUGGAGGAUGUGUCACUGAACACAACUGUAAGCCUGAUCAGGAGCGCAAUGAAGAAGGUGGAAUCCGUUCCUGACCUCAAACCAGUGGAGAAAAAGAUUAAACCACGCAGACGGAUUUGAUCAAGCGACCUGCCUUGAUGUUCCAAUUUAUGCCAAGAUAACUGCUACUCCUUUGGAAAAUGACCAAACAGUUUAUCUCAGCAGCUUGUUUUUAUUUACAAAUUUUGCUUCUCGUUGCAAACUGCUAUCAACAUUUUUUUUAUUAAAGACUGUAUUCCUGGAAAUGCAAA